UGCCUCCUACUUCAAGUUCUUUCUUCUCCAUAAUUGGCUCCAUCAACUUCUCUCCUCGGAAUCAGAAAGAAUCCGUCUUGCAAUUGAUACUUCCAAUUGAAUCAGCUUUGUCAUCACUGUCCAACUUCCUUUCUGCUAGCUGCAGGAAAUGUACCCUGCUAUUGCCUAGUGCCUAUUUAAGUUGUUUCUUCUCCUCAGUUGGCUCAUCAACUCCUCGCAUUAAAAAUUGAACCUGCCGCUACUUCUAACAAUUUGCUUUGCAAGGCUCAAGUUGGUUGUCAGUGUCCAACUUUACCUAUUUCUUCUGCUAAUCUUGCAUUGUAACUUGAAAUUCAUCGAUGGACAAAAUGAUGGACAAAAUGACAGACAAAAUUGUUGAGAAAGUCGAGAAUUUUGUAGACCACCACGGACAACUUGAAGAAGAUCUGAAUGAGUUGAGAAGCGAAUGGCAGGUUCUAAAGAGGAGAAAAAUUGACGUUAAUUCAAGAAUACAAGUAGAGGUAGAGGUUCACUCGGGCCAGGUGGUGAAAGAAGAAGUAAAGGGGUGGCUUGAAGAUGUUCAAAAGAUCGAACAAGACAUACAAGAUGUUGAAGAAAGAGUAGGCACAGUUCCAUACUACAAACGUGCCAGUCUUGAUAAACUUGUGUGUGAAAAAAUUGAAGUGGUGAAGAGGAUUCAAGAGAGGGGCAUUUUCGAAGGAGGCCUUGGGAUUAAAAGAGCUCCAGCUUGUGGAAUGGUAAUUCCAACAGAAAAUUUAGAGGGUGAAAUUUCUACCAAAGAUGAAAUUUGGGAGCACUUGAUGGGCAAUAAAGUUGGAAUGAUUGGGGUUUGCGGUAUUGGUGGAGUUGGUAAGACUACAAUCAUGAAACAUGUUAACAAUGAUUUGUUGACGGGAAGCAUAUUCCAGAAAGUGAUUUGGGUUACUGUAUCAUACCCUCUCAAUGUUUUUGAACUACAAAAGAAGACUGCACUUGCUAUGGGCAAAACACUUCGAGAAGAUGAAGAAGAAAUGAGGCGGGCAGCAGCACUAAUGGAGAUAAUGGGAAGAGUGAGAUUUGUGCUAAUAUUAGAUGAUGUAUGGGAAAAUUUUUCUUUGAUUGAUGUUGGAAUCCCAAAACCAACACUCCAGAAUGGGUGCAAAGUAGUUAUCACUAGUAGAUCGACUGAUGUAUGCAAUUUUUUGGGUUGUGAGAUUGUUAAAGUGCAGCCUCUUUCACCAAGGGAGUCUUUAAAUCUAUUCCUCAAUAGGGUUGGACAUGAUGUUUUACAAGUUGCAGGAUUGGAAGAAAUGUUGAAGCUUAUUGUGGAGGAGUGCGCCGGUUUACCGUUGGCAAUUGUUGUAGUAGCAGGGUGCAUGAGGGGAGAAAAAGACAUUAUAGAGUGGAGAAAUGCACUAAAUGAAUUACGCCAGUGUGUAAAAAGUGUGAAAGUUAAGGAGGAUAUGAUAUUUAGGCGGUUAAAAUUUAGUUAUGACCGUCUAGGAAGUUUGGAAAUCCAAAAAUGUUUUCUUUGUUGCUCCUUGUUCCGAGCAGAUUAUGAGUUUUCUAAAAAGGAGUUGAUAGAAAGUUGGAUUGACGAAGGAUUGAUUGAUGAGUCGGGAAGAAGACAAGAAGCUUAUGAUAGGGGUCAUGCUUUUUUAAAUAGGCUGGAAAAGAACUGCUUGUUAGAGAAAAUGGUUGAUUCGCGUGGUUAUCUUUUUGGUUAUGUUUUUAAGAUACAUGAUAUUGUGAGAGACAUGGCUAUCAAAAGCAUUGGUCCUGGAUUUGGAUAUAAGGUAAAAGCUGGUAUGAAUCUGAAAAAGGUACCGAAUGAGUGUGAGUGGGUAAAAGAUCUCAAGAAGGUAUCUCUAAUGGCAAAUGGCAUUUCAAAGAUCCCUGCUGGUUUGUCCCCACAGUGCCCAUCACUGUCAACUUUGAUAUUGUCAGAUAAUAAUUUGUCAGAGAUUUCAAGUUCCUUUUUUGAAGAUAUGGUAGGACUUAAUGUUCUUGAUCUUUCUAGUACUAGUAUUGAAGCUUUACCUGAUUCCAUCUCCAACUUGGUGAAUCUCUAUGCACUACGGUUGAGGAAGUGCAAGAAGUUAAAAUACUUGCCUUCCUUAGCAACGCUCAGGGCAUUGAAGAAGUUGGAUCUAUAUGGGGCAGGGAUAGAGGUGGUCCCUAUAGGCAUGGAGAUGUUGGUAAGUCUUGAAUAUCUUGAUUUAAAUUGUGAAAAUCUGAAAAAGAUUCCAACGGAAAUAUUACCUAGCUUUUCCAGUCUCCAGUACUUGGCUAUAUAUCCAAGGAGGGCAAUUACUAAAAGGAUAAAUAUAGAAGAGGUAGCUAGAUUGAGCAAUUUGGAGAGUUUGGAAUGUGGAAUGGAGGUCCAAGACUUCAACUAUCUUGUUAAUAAGUCUAAAGAUUUUGACAGUCUUACGGCUUAUGAAUUUCGACUGACAACAGAUACUCUUGAGCAUUUGUCGAUCGCUUGCUCUAAAAACAUGAAAAACAUGAGAUGUAGCUUAAACAAGACAGUUUUGUUAGAAAAUGCAACCGAGUUGAGGUGUUGUUAUAUUCGGAAUUGUGAAGGGAUAGAGUGCAUAGUAGAGUUGGACUCAUCCUCCUCCUCGUUGUGUUUUCCAAUAUUGGAUAAGCUUGAAUGGUUGAUUCUUCAGGACUUGCCUAACGUGAGUGUACUUGUGAGAGUGGAAGGAGUAGCAACACCACCGCACAUCUUUUCCAAUCUUAAAUCUCUUAUAAUAAGAUUUUGUUCAGCAAUGAGGAAGUUGGUUACACUUGAGUUGCUACAGGUCCUCCAAAACUUAGAGUGCAUUCAAGUUAGGGGAUGCAUACAAAUGGAGGAGAUAAUAGCAUCAUCAGAUUCAGAUGCAUCAUCAUCAAAUAAAUUCACUUUUACUUUUCCUAAGUUAAGGACAUUGAUCUUGGUGCAAUUAGACCAAUUGAAGAGCAUCUGCAGUGGCAAAGGAGUUAUGAUUUGUGAUUCUAUUGAAGAAAUUCAAAUAAUUAAAUGUCCGGAGUUAAAGAGGAUCCCUUUACAACUUCCUCUGCUUGACAAUGGCCAGCCAUCUCCUCCUCCUUGUCUCGAAAAAAUGGGGAUAGAUGAUGAGUCAAAAGAAUGGUGGGAAUCAGUGGUUGAGUUGGAUCAUUCUAACGCUAAGAACAUACUCCAACCUUUCUUAAAAUUUACUCCAAUUGAUGAAUGGGACCUAUGUAUUGUGGAAGAGAUGAGAAUGAGAUUUAGACGCAUCCACCCUUCACCCUCUGCUCUACCGUGCUAUCUCAUAAACUCCAACUAUGAUCUUUUCUCAAGCAAAGGCAACUUCUCUCGUCGGAACAGCAAAGCAAAAGAAAACGGGACUGGAUUCACCCACUGCCAGUAAUCUUUGAUUUCAUUGACAAUAAUGUUAGAUUUUUUUUCUUUUUUUACCAAUUUAUGUCUUUUUUUAUAUUGUAUUGGAUGAACUUGGUUUUGUUUCUUUUGGUAAUUUGUUUGUGUUGUUAGUUGUUAGGCAUGUUAUGUUAUGGGAUUUCUACUCUUGUUUCCAUGGCGCUUCAUUGCUCCAUAUGUUCAAUUUGUUAUCAAUUUGAAAUCUUAAAUUUUUGUAAUAUGUACCUUUCAUAUUUGCUUUGCUGACUUGACCACUGGAGAACACUUCGACAAAACUCCACUGCCUUUUUCCACUCUUGCAGGUUUUUUUUUUUUUUCUCAUUUUCAUUUACUUUUCUAUCAUUUGCAAUCCUUGCUGACUUGACCACUGGAGAACACUUCGACAAAACUCCACUGCCUUUUUCCACUCUUGCAGAUUGAAGUGAACAGCAAAGGAAGUUCCUGUCUAGGAAUCCAUAAUAGAAAAGUACUCAGCUCUCAUAAAUCCUUAAAGCUAACCAAGAAUUUGAUGGCAAUAGCUCAAUUCAGGCGUAGAGUGUUCAAGGAUGCAUUGCAAAGCAUUAUGAGCUGUGCAUUCUGGAGUGCUAAAUUUUAGUUGCUGAACAAGAAACAAUUUUUGUAGAUUGAAGUGAACAACAAAGGGAGUUGCUGUCUAGGAAUCACUGUAGCAGAAAAGAACUCAGCUCUCAUAAGCCCCAAGUAGUUUGGAGUUGCAAAUUUUUAAUGUCAUGAAAUGUUGCACAGAGGUUCAUUAGCAAAUUUAUGUGAUUGUGCUUCGGCAAAGUUGAAGUCCAGCUGAGCACCAUCUAAUGAUCUUAAAUUUAAUAGGGAGAUUCUAAUGGUGAAGCCAACAGGAAAAGGAUGGUGGUUUUAGAUUUGUCGGGUGAAGACGAAUAUGUAAAUGCUAUCAAUUUAGCAUCACCCUAUUCCAAAAAUAGUCAGCAAAAACAGGAACAGUAAACAGCAAACAGUCCUCUCCAACUAAGAAAAUCAGCUUUCUGAAACUGGCCUCCUGCAGCCAUGAAGUCUCUUACAGUAGGAAGUGCUGCUCCUAAUCUAAGAAGCAAAGCAAGAGAGUAGAAGAAGGCAGGGAAAGCAACGGUUUCCAAGCAAAGCAAU